AUGCUAUCCCGAGCCAAGACAGCUCCCUCAAGGGUGUCUCAUGACCACAGGACAAAGAUCCACCAAGAAGACUUGGAGAUUGAAGAGAUCAAGGAUGAGAUAACGGCCGCAAUCACGAACGAGAAGGCCUCUUUACCCGACAUCAACGAAGAAAGCAAUGACGACGAAGAUGAGAACAUCGACACGCUUAUUGACGAACUCCAAUCACUCGAUGGCCACAGCGACGGGGACGGACCGGUUCUGAACGAUGCAUGCUCUCUUUCUGGCAUAUCUCGGGAUCUCCCUGAGGUAGACAGAGACACUGGCUUGAAUGAGGAUGAAGUUUCACAACGGCGAAGAAAAUAUGGAUUGAACCGAAUGAAAGAGGAGAAGCAAAAUCUCUUCCUGAAAUUUCUCUCCUACUUUGUGGGCCCGGUCCAGUUUGUCAUGGAGGCUGCGGCGGUUUUGGCGGCUGGACUGCAGGAUUGGGUGGAUCUGGGAGUCAUCUGUUCUCUGCUGGUGCUCAAUGCAACUGUUGGCUUCAUUCAAGAAUUUCAGGCAAGCUCUAUUGUGGACGAGUUGAAGAAAACACUGGCUCUAAAAGCUGUCGUUUUGCGUGGUGGCACGCUGACAGAGAUCGAUGCUUCGGAGGUUGUUUUGGGGGAUAUCUUGAAGAUAGAAGAGGGAACUAUAAUCGCUGCCGAUGGACGGGUGCUGUCAAGCAGUGCUCUUCAAGUGGACCAGUCUGGAAUAACCGGCGAAUCUCUAGCGGUUGACAAGCACGAGAAUGAUAUCUGCUAUGCCUCGUCUGCCGUAAAGCAUGGGACAGCACGACUUGUGGUCACGGGUAUUGGUGAUUCCACUUAUGUUGGACGGGCUGCUGCAUUGGUUCAUGCGGCCUCCUCUGGCACAGGCCAUUUCACCGAAGUCCUGAAUGACAUUGGGAUUGUCUUGUUGAUCCUUGUGGUCUUGACUCUGCUUGUGGUAUGGGUGUCGUCUUUCUAUCGAUCCAACGGCAUCAUCACCAUUCUUGAAUUUACCUUGGCUAUUACAAUGAUCGGUGUGCCUGUCGGUUUGCCAGCUGUGGUGACCACCACCAUGGCUGUUGGCGCUGCCUAUUUAGCUAAAAGAAAAGCGAUAGUGCAAAGACUAUCUGCAAUUGAGUCUCUUGCCGGUGUUGAAAUUCUUUGCUCCGACAAAACCGGCACACUGACGAAAAACAAACUCUCCCUGUCCGAGCCCUAUACUGUACCUGGUGUUGACCCUGAGGACCUCAUGCUCACUGCCUGCUUAGCCGCCUCGCGCAAAAAGAAAGGCUUGGAUGCAAUUGAUAAAGCAUUCAUUCGCGCGUUAUCUGGAUACCCCAGAGCCAAAGCUGCUCUUACUCAGUAUAAGAAACUGGCAUUCCACCCCUUCAAUCCCGUUUCGAAGAAGGUCACAGCAGUGGUGCGGUCACCCCAAGGGGAGCGAAUCAUUUGCGUCAAGGGAGCCCCUCUUUUCGUGUUGAGAACAGUGGAGAAGGAUCACCCUAUCCCGAACGAGCUUGAAGCGGCGUACAAGAACAAAGUCUCCGAAUUCGCCUUGCGUGGUUUCCGCUCACUUGGUGUGGCUCGCAAGCGCGGCCAUGGCCAAUGGGAAAUCCUAGGCAUCAUGCCUUGCUCGGAUCCUCCACGGCAUGAUACGGCAAAGACUAUCCACGAAGCCAAGACCCUGGGAUUGUCCAUCAAGAUGCUCACUGGAGACGCCGUGGGAAUUGCCAAAGAGACGUCCCGGCAGCUCGGGCUAGGUACCAACGUAUACAAUGCGGAGCGGCUGGGCCUGGGUGGAAAAGGCACCACCAUGUCCGGUUCGGAGGUCUAUGAUUUCGUCGAGGCUGCGGACGGGUUUGCGGAGGUCUUUCCACAACACAAGUACAACGCUGUAGAUAUCCUACAACAGCGAGGGUAUUUGGUGGCCAUGACGGGCGAUGGGGUCAACGAUGCCCCGUCUCUCAAAAAGGCAGACGCUGGCAUUGCCGUCGAAGGCUCCUCAGAUGCAGCGCGGUCUGCGGCAGAUAUUGUCUUUCUGGCCCCGGGAUUAUCGGCCAUCAUUGACGCUUUGAAGACAUCGCGCCAGAUCUUCCAUCGGAUGCACGCCUACGUGAUUUAUCGGAUUGCCCUGUCGUUACACCUCGAGAUCUUUCUAGGACUGUGGAUCGCCAUCAUGAACGAGAGCUUGAAUCUGCAGCUGGUGGUAUUCAUUGCAAUCUUCGCCGACAUCGCAACACUAGCAAUUGCAUAUGACAAUGCACCGUAUUCGAAGACGCCGGUGAAAUGGAAUCUUCCCAAGCUGUGGGGCAUGUCUGUUCUUCUCGGCAUCGUGUUAGCCAUCGGCACUUGGGUUGCGCUGUCCACUAUGAUUCAAGAGGGCGAGGACGGAGGCAUAGUGCAAAACUAUGGGAAACGAGACGAAGUCUUAUUCUUGGAGAUUUCUCUGACGGAGAACUGGCUUAUAUUCAUCACACGGGCCGAGGGGCCGUUCUGGUCGUCAAUUCCUUCAUGGCAGCUGGCCGGAGCUAUUCUAGUGGUCGACCUGGUGGCGAGUUUCUUUUGCAUCUUUGGAUGGUUUGUUGGCGGCCAGACGUCGAUCGUGGCGGUGGUGCGCAUCUGGGUGUUCUCGUUCGGCGUCUUUUGCAUCAUGGGAGGUCUUUAUUAUCUGCUGCAGGGCUCCACUGCUUUCAACCGCAUCAUGCAUGGUCAAAGCCCGCGAGCUCACACGAUCAAGCAGCGCCAGCUAGAAGACUUUAGUAAGGAGCGUCCUCGAUCUACACGGUUUGGCUCUCUAAGCUAA